UAUAGGAUCCGCUGGUCUUGGUGUUGAAAAGAUCAGCGCCACGAGGUCUUCCGCUGACAUGAACGCAGAUGUGAGAGUGAAAGAGAACGAAGACGGACGACUUCACCCUCCAGGUUCAUCAAGCAGUCUGUCCAUCUCUCCAGCGUGGGGUGGGAACGCAAACAAUAACGAAUUUUCGCCACCGCCUCCACAUAAUCAGCCCAACAAAAUUCUACGAACUUACGUCCGCAGCCCUACCCAACCGAGCCCCUUACGACGGUUCACGCGACCUGAACUCCCACAUCAACGCUUGGUGCAACUUCACGAUAACCUUAAUUACACGAAUGCACAAACGAACAAAUAUAUUAUCGACGACACCAAUAGACAUCAAAUUGGUUAUAGCGAUUCCCAAUUAUCACAGGUUUUUAGACAGCAGCAGUCCUUUGAUCCGAAUUCCCAACAGACAUUUGGGCCGAAUACCGCACAGCUAUUUGAUCCAAGUUUCCAGCAGUCCUAUGGUUCUAAUUCCAAACACUCUCAUUAUCCAAUUUUGCAUCAGUCAUUUGAUCGAAAUUGUCAACAGUCAUUUACUUCGGAUGGCCUACAGUCUUUUGCGAUAAAUUACCAACAACCAGUUGAACCUAAUAGCCAUAUUUCGUUCGAUCAUAAUUCCCAACAGCCAUUUGCUCAAGAUUCUCAUCAACCAUACGAUCCAAAUUCCCAACAACCAUUUAGUUCAACUUGCUUACAGCCAUUUACUCCAAAUUUAUAUCAUUCAUCUGGUUCAAAUUCCUCUCAAUCCUGUGAUCAAAUUUUGCACAAGUCAUUUAAUCAAAUUUUACAGCAGCCAAAUAGCGCCAUCUCAUAUCACAACAGCUCACGUCUACCCUCUUGUAAUCCUAACUUGCAACAACAACUUUCCAUUUCUAGCGCACAACAAUUGCAACAACGAUUUUUAGUUGAAAAUACCUCUCAUCCCCUGGAGGCGGAGCAAUGCUCGCAGUUGCUUUUGAGUGCUGACAACCGCCUGAAUUUGACCGCCGAACAUCUUCAGAAUAGAAGCCCAAGCCUUCAACAGCAUCCUAGUUCUCAGCUGUCGUUCAUUUCGAGUGUCGAGACUCCGACGUUUGCCACUAUUUCUCACGAACAGAAGCUGAGCCCAAGCACUCAACAACAGACAAAUAAAACAAAUUCACAUUUGCAGGGGAUCGGUCUCAACCCAAAACAUCAGGAACAGAAGCUGAUACAUUCGAAUGCUGUACCGAAGUUAGUGCCAAGUCCAAAUCAACGGACCCAUCCGACGGCGGCUCCAUAUCAGUGCCACUAUCGCAGCGCCACUUUACAGUCAGAUGCACCGCAGCUGUUACCGCCCAGUCCCGAGUUGAAGGCAGUACCUCAUCGUCCUCGUUCCCCACAUUUAAAAAAUCAGUCGCAUCGCCAACCGCAAGUUCGAGCUACCAAUAAUUUGGUACAUGAUUCGAAUCAUUUGUUAGAUCAUCAACCUAUUAACGACAUUUCUCAUUCAAACAAUCAAUCGUUUUUGAAUCAUUCGUUUCUGGAUCGAAGCUAUUCAUCGGACCGUCUCAAUCGCUCUUCUUCGUCCACUCACGCUCCCAAUGCCUCCUCUAACGAUUCCAUCAAACGAUCACAAAUAACUCCAGAAAAUUCUCCGUCUCAAUUGCCUCAAGUACAAACUCCACGAAGAGAGGCCGUUGCAACCCCGAUUUUCACAUCAGCUGACAACGUUAAGAAUAGUUUCCUGGACACCAGUUUAACUAGUGAACCUUCAAUCCAGUCCUAUAAUUGGUCAGAUCAGGCUUACAAUGCAAGUCGAAGCGAAGUUCCAGAGAACAAAGUAAAUGCUAUCCGAAGCUCGUGCAUGCGUCGUCCUCAGCCUGUGUAUGCCAAUGCCCCACCCAAACCAAAGCGUCAGAAUGUCUUCACCGAUCAUAGUUCUUCCCCUGAUCUUGUCAGCAGUUCACAAGAAGACCGUCGGUCAACUGGUCAAGCCUCGUCAUCUAACCUAAGCGGUAAAGUUUUCUUGCUGAACACAUCCUCUACUGAGAGACGUACUCCUGAUGUGUAUGGUGCUACUGCGUCUUCCAGUCACGAGUAUGAAGAAAUGCACGACUUGAUUGAGAAAAACACCACAAGUAAAGAAGUUCGGGCAGAUGCUCAGGAUUUCGACAACACACACAAUUCGUCUAAAGUAUCCGAUGACUUCGCUGAGCUAGAUUCGUUCAAAGUAAUAGAAAGCAAUUCACGUAGAGUGGUUCGCCCUCAGAGUGCUGAUAUUUUGGACUACCAAAGGACCAGGAUGUCGUACGAUUCAGGUUUUGCGAAUGAUCAUGAAACACAAUCCCUCUCUCGCAUGCGAAGUCAGUCUUCUAUGGGGGAGGAAAUUGAUUAUUGGUCUGAAGAGAACUACGCUCAAAAAAUGCGACAAUCCUCAAUUUAUCAUUCCAAGAAUCUGGCGCUGUCUUCUCAUGGCCGAAGUGCCUCGUCAAUCGGAGCCAGAAUCCCUCCCGCAGGCGCCACCACGCCUGACCUUUACACCAUUAACCAUCGGCGAACUGUCCCGGAAUUGAGGGAAAAACUAACCUUAUUUUCCUCCAAUAUUCGAGAAGAUAAUGGAGCGCGGAACGAUGUAACGUGCAAAAAUUCCUCGUUGCCGACGGCCGCAGAGGAACACAACUUGUCGCAAUGCAGCAACAACGAUGCGUUGAACGCAAGUUGUGCCGAUACUUCGUUCUCGGGCUCCACUUCGGCCAAGCUAGUAGGUGACCGUAGAGAUGAUUCUCUCAGUUCUUCAUUUGCGCAAGAAUUUGAAGAACUGGAUGAUAAGAAACUUUAUUUGAGAGAGGAGUCGAUGAAGAGACUGCUGGAGUGGAAGCAGCGGAUGCUGCAGUCGCCGCUCACGAAGAAGAACUCGCCGCGGUCUGCGUGCCCGUCCCCAGCUGUGGGGGCCUUCGCUAGCGCCCGACGCUCCAAGACUCCAGACGGUGUUACUCAUCACCGUGGUCACGGUGGCACCCACAAUCACACUGGAAGUGAUGAUGGUGUUACUCAUCAUCGUGGUCACGGUGGUACCCACAACCACACUGGAAGCGAUGAUGGUGUUACUCAUCAUCGUGGUCACGGUGGCACCCAUAAUCACACUGGAAAUACUAAUCAAGUUCGUGAAGGUCCCGGAUGUUCGAGUCCUCAAUGCACUCUGCGUCAGCACGUAAACAGUCACAAAAGUCAUUCUCGGAACGAUGCCGGGAUUGAUGGUACGGUUGGUCACUCCUGUGCCUUUGCCGUACAUUGUAGUGGGUCUAGAGUGCCCUGUAGACCGAGUCCUGUGGGAUCCAAGGAUCCUGCGUGCGAGUCUCGAGAUCAUGGUGCCAGAGGGAGCCUCGAGAAAACUGCCUGUAGCAGCUGUAGACGAGUACGAGACGAGUCUCACGCCCAUUUACACACCUGCAAGCACGAGGACUCGCGAGACUGUCUCAAAACCAGUACCCGGAGGAGAGACGAGACAAGAGACAGCAGCAGCCGACGUAAGGAGAAGGAAGCGAGGCGUUCAGUGUCGUCGUCUCGUUGCGCCAGCUACUCUUCUGAUGAAAAUGAUCAUGUUGAAGAUCGCGGAUCAAGAAGAAAAACUCGUCGAAAUUCCCGUCGUAGUUCGUCUUCGGAAAUCAUCAACGUACGGAAAACAGACACGUCAUCUAAACCUGAAGUUUCCAGAAGGCCCUCGAGAAAGGUCAAAGUUGGAAUUUCCUCACCUGAUUAUGUGAACUUCUCGGCGAUGGGUAACUCGAACAGUCAGUCAGGUGACACUCAUAAAGUAGUUCCUCCAAGUCUUCGUGCGGAGCCUAUAUUUAUUGAUAAUCUCGGAAAUGAAGUGAAGAAUUCGUGUCUUAACAGUAGUCAGGAGACAGCUGUGUACACUGACAACAAUUCUAGCCUUGAGAGGGAGAUACUUUUAUUGACCAAUUCGGAUGACCUGAAUACUGAUGCUGGAGCUCUUACUGCAUCCGGGUUUCACGAUGAAAAAUUUAUUCCUGUUUCCUCUUCGACCUUGCUUAGUCCAAGUACAGACUGCCUAUCCCCUUCGAAUGAUGUCAAAUUCAACCGAUGUAGGAGAUCUGUUGAUGAUCAUUGCGCUAAAUAUUCAGACAGCGGAUAUGACACUUUACGCCCUGAUCAUAACGCUCGUAAUGAUCAAAGAGAUAAAGACAUAAACAACGGUUCUAAUGAUUCUCAGCUCAUCGCGAGUGAAGAAACACCCGUUAAAAUGAGAGAUAUUCGACCGAAGAAAGCCUUGAGACCAGAAACAUGGAGCCCGGGUAAGUUUUCCAACACUCUUUCAGUCGAUGGAGGUUUUGAGCCCAAUUCUUCUUAUGCCGAUGGGAAUACUUCGCGUAGUAUGAAUUCGAACAAUUCCCCAGGACAAAAUGCAUGUCCGGCAGCGAGCAUGUCCCUUGAAAGUCCUAAAAUUGUUAGAGAAACUCAAGAAGCUGCUCAAAGGACGCUCGUUCAGGACCGAAUAAAAGCUUUUAACCGAAUGGAAGAAAGUGAACUGUCCAAGGGCGCUAAUUCAAGGAGAAAAAGCGUCGAUGAUUCUCUCUUGCAUCCGCCGCCUCGUCUGCCUAAAUGUGAGGACGUCAAUCCUGCGGAUGACAAUUCAGAAAAUUUCGUUUCUCCGCUUAAUGCAACGUUUGCUUUAUCUCAGAGCACUGUAGUUAAGGCAUACGAGGCUCAGGUUAAAAGUGUUCAGAAGUAUGGGAAAAUUUCCGAUCAUUCUCUUCCUGAAGAGGUCAACGACACUAAAAGCCCCGAAGAUAUUGUUUUUUCUAGGCUGAGCAGGAACAAUCUUCGAAGAUUCUUAUUCGAAGAAGAGAAUGCUACGAAGACUACAUCUCCCAGUGCCCACUGUAAUAGGUUGCUUGAGCGAGAAGGUCGAGGUCAAAACCGUGUUGCGAAAGUUAUCCGGGACAAUUUUGAGACGAACCCAAAACCAGAAAAAGUAAUAGUCAAUCAAACCCAUUUGCCGAAGAGGAAACCUCACAGUAAUAUGCAUAUGUUUUCUGACUGUGGGCCGCCAAGUCGAACUGAAGCGGAAUUAUUACUUCAUGGGACAAAGGAAAGGCAUGGACCUGUUGAAAUGAACACUAAUCCUUCUCCUCCAGCUCGCAGGGAAUAUCUUCCUGCGGAGCCUCCUCGCACUAAAAGUACUCCGAGUAAUUACAGAGUAACUGCAGAGAUAGAAGAACAAAUGUACGUUAAUAACCCUUGUGCUCUGAAUAAUGUGAUGGAAUGCCGUGCUAAUUCUGAAGCUUCUCUAGGUGACGCCCCUUCAGAAAAUGCUCCUCUUCCGCCCACGAACGCCUCAAUGACAAAUUCGGCCUGCCAUUAUCCUGUUGUUCCGGAGGAAAAUUACUUACCCAUGAGCCCACCCAGGAAACCGUUAUCUGGAGCCACAGCUCCAGCGAGCUCCUCUAGCAGCUUGAGUAGCAAGCAUCAACUGACCCCAGAACCGUCGACGUACGUGCCAAUUGAUGCUGCUGGUGAGUUCGAAGAGCACACUUAUAUUGAGAUGAAUGGCGAUGUUCCUAAACGUGGCCAGCGCCAACUCCUUGCUCCUCCUGUCCAGAAUCCAGCCACUUCGUACCAACGUGAUUCGAACAAGUUUGCCGCAUCGCAGCCUGUAGAGAGUCCACGGUAUUAUGAGAUAGGCGACCAAGAUGAGACCCAGCAUUAUGAAUACAUUUACAGAGCAGCUUCUCAUUAUGAAUCAAUUUAUAUGGAGCUGCCUGGCUGUCGACCAGCUGGUAUUCUUGAAGAAAAACCGGACCCCCCCGAAGUAUCUUAUGACGAUAAGUACAAAAAUUCAAAGUUUGCAGUUGCUCCAUCUUCUAAUCCUAAAAAAGGGAGGUCAGCUAUGACUAUUCCUUCUGAUCGCUCAUCAGACGCGGACGACGAAGCAUCGAAAGACUUGGAUUCAAUAGAUUUUCCAAGGAACAAAAGAUUCAGUCUUUCCGAUACUUUCCGUCCAGCUUCUUAUUACCUGAACGGAGCAGAACCAAGCAGUGAUCCUGAAGGGCAUGACUCCUCUGACUCCGAUUUAGUUUCGCCUCCUCCUAUUCCCACGAGUCCGCCUCCUUUAGAUGAACUCGACCACGAUUCGAAAGUCGGUCUUGAUUAUGAUAAUCUGGCUACGCCAGAGCCACCGCCUCAUUUGCGAAAUGCUCUCAAUGCCUCACGAUCAUCUCGUUCAGGAAAACGACUCGUGAAAGAAGAACAACCAACAUUUGUUCCCGCCAAUUACAUAAUGCAUGAAUCUUCAAAUUUUGUUAACCCUGUUGGUCCUGAUAUGUCGAACUUUUCUAAAACACCCUAUUCUGAAGAGCAUUUUGGCUCGCAAAACUUUGAUAGUUUUAUUCUAGGAUCGGAAGAUCAAUAUCCUGUGUCGGCUGCCUACCCUGAAAUAGACUCAAGAUAUCAUGAACACAGCCGAGCUAACAGUAACGUUUCGUUUGAAACGAUGCCGUCUCCUGCUAAACACAAUCCCCAUUUAGAAAAUCCUGCUAUUCCUCGUUCUGGAUCAUCAUGCAAGAUCGAAUCUCAUGUUCGCAGUUUUGACUCUCCUCGAAAUCUUCCUAAUACCUCGAACAAAAAUCAGCGUCAAGUUUCCAAACCAGUGGACGGUUUAUUCGAAGAAGCACCUCGAAAUAUCGAUCGCGUUGUUGACAGGGAGACAGAAAUUGCGUCUCAUUAUGACCAGCAGUGGAGUGGAGUGGUGUAUCAAAACUUCCCUGCGAUGGGUGCCAACAACUUGUCGGUUUUAGGCGACAAAAAUAUCAACGAUAUGACUGAGUCUAAAGAUCAUGUAACUGAGAGUCCUGAUUUUAAGCAUUCUAAUACUUACAGUAAAAAUCUUCCUCGGAGUGAGAAGAAUGUACACGUACGUGAUCUCUCCACGACAUCGAACCCUAGUGAUACGAGUCCCAGAUCUGCUCCGUAUUAUUACUCGGAUGUUAUCAGAGAUUCCCCUGAUUCUGUUCAUCCAGUAGCAGUUUCCCCUAGAGCUCGAAUAGGUCAGUUGAAUAAUCAAAGAGACAUGGACCACAAUAAACGCCAGGACAUCGGAAGGAAAGUCAACCACAUUGGAAUGUCCUCCAUCUCAGAUCAGCGUAAUCUUGUUUCUGAACUGAGAGCUUCUGCUCAAAUAUUUGAGAAGAAUUCAGGCCAUCUCGUUACAACACCUGAAACUGAAAUUGUUUCUCAACUUUUGAAGCGUGGUCAGACCUCAAACUUUGAAGUGGAUUCUCGUAAUAUUUAUUCUACCACUUUAUUCUCUAAAGCCGACCCCAUUACCUCUCAAUACGUGCAUCGUCGUACCCGUUCGUUGGAGGGACUAAUGGAUGAAAACAACUCUCGCAGCCAAGAACCAUUACCCUCCGUUGAAACAGAGUCGAAAGUAUACCCAGAAAAGCAAGUACAGCAGAGAUGUUUAAGCGUUACUAGUCAUUUGUCGUAUCAGUCGAAUCAAGAACUGGCCAAGUUUCACACUAGCUAUCACGAAAAAGAAACUUCUCGUUUAGAGAGUAACCCAUCUCGCUCAUCAAUCUUUGGAGAUGCGCGUCGAGCUGAGUCUCGAACGUCUAAUGAUCCUAGACGAUUAUCGCCUCGCCAACAAGACAUGGGCAGUGAAUUGAAUCAUGAUAUGAGUUUUCUGGAAGCGACAGAAGCUGCUAGCAACUGGGAAGACGAUCAAGAGUGGCGGAACCAGUUAAGGAGAGCUUCACUUCGGCACACGAAAUCUUUGGAAACCUUGGAUGAAAAUAAAAGGGGUCCUAUCCUUCCCUCAGAAUUGCCCUCAUUUACAGAGCAGGUGCCUCCGGAUGUUACCGAAGAUCGCAGAGGAACUUUACACAAGCGUUCUCAACAAAACAUGAACGAGUAUCGAGUCGAUUAUCGUGAAGGUUUAAUAAAUCCUAUUCCCAAGCCCCCGGGUGCUCAUGAGACACUCGAGAGAACGCGUCGUGGUGUGACGUACCUGGAAGGUUACGAAUGGGAUCCCAUGGAAGAAAAGUUCACCAAACCUCUAGAUUCCUCAGCAAGCGAUGUUAACGACGUAAAUAGCGUCAAUCAGUUUUUAGACGAAGGCCUCUCAUCUCUCCUAGACGAACAAGCUACGGACACAGUCGAAACAAAUCAUCCUGUCCAGACUUUAACACCUACUUCGAGCAGCCAAAUAACAACUUACGAUCAAAAGUCAACAAUCCAACCAAAAACGGAUGGCUUUAACGAUCGAACAGAGGAAGAGAUUAGUCAAUCACAAAGGGAUGAGAGGCCGAAUAUACUUAGUAAUAACGCGAAACGCCUUGAAGACGUUUCACGUACCUACGCAAAUAAUUCAACCGAGCACCAAGAGAGCUGCGAAUCUGAGUUGGCCAGGGAAGGACUCGCUACCAACCCUGAUCAAGCAGAUGUGAGCAAGUUGGGAAGCAACCGACUAGAGCCAUACGAGAACUCAGCCUACGGAGGCAAAUACUCGACACAGAACUGUGGAGGGUCCAUGUAUGAACCCCUGACUCAGAACCAGACAUACCAACCGCCGCUGCAGUCAAGCGACCUCCAGAACCAAGCAUACCAGCGGGGCGCUAACAUUUACUCCAGUUCGUCACACCUUGGUUAUAGAGGCGUGACAGAUAACAUGUCACCAUACCACCAACAGCCACCACAACCACCUAACUACCAAGAGACCGUCAACAACCUCUACAGGCGUUUGUCCCAGGAACAGUUCACCGACCCGGGAAGAAGCUAUGGCAACGGAAACAGUUUACCUCACUCACAUUAUUCCGAAUACAACGCGUACAGUAGCGAGACCAGUCCUGUGCAUGUGUAUGGGCACAAUAAGGCCAACCAAAAUACCUACAUGUCAGCCACUGCUCUGCGCCAGAGCAUAGAAGGUAUGGACAGGCUCAACAAGUAUCACAAUUACGAUAUCGACAAAGAUUAUCCUCCAGAAGACAUCUACAAAACCCGUGGUGACUACGGAACGUACGCGACUGGACUUGGUCACCUCUACCGAAAAGGAAAUUUAGACCUCAGCGAUCCAGAACUUGUAUAUAUGGAGCAAGAGCGCGUCCACCAGCAGCACAUGCUUAUGAAGGAGGAGGAAGAACUGAAGGCGGAGGAGCGUCGUCGCAAGAUCAUCUCAGACGUGGUGAGGGACGGCACCAGCAACGGGCUGGCGGGCGUCAGUGCCGGCGAGCUGUUGAACAAGACGCACGAGGAGCUGGUGCUGCUGCUCAUACAACUGCGUCGGCAGCACUCGGCCCUGCAGGAGGCCAGGAAGCAGGCCCGGGCUGAGAGAGAUGCUCAUUGGCAAUAUUGGGACGCCCAGAACGCCAACGACAGCCUGGAGUUCACACGUCGCGUGCAGGAGCGCCGCAUCGUGGACGAGGACAGGGAGGAGUACGAGCUGCUGUCCCCCGACCAAGCGGACCUCGAGGGUAAAGUCCUGCGCUUGUAUAACCUGGAACACGCGAUCCAGCAGGAAUCUCUUACCAUUCAGGCUUUGCAGACAGAAAAGGAGUCACUGGAACGCGCGUUGUUUGCUCUGCACUCGAGUUCGUCUCAAGUUCCAGCCACCAUCGAGGAGGCUCAGAGACGAGAUCGACUCCGAUUGCGCCUUGAGAGGGAGCUUUCGCAACUACGAUCCCAUCUUGCCUUGUCUUCUGGGAAGCUGGAAGAAACCGCCGCCGAGAACAGUCGCCUGGAGCACGAGAUGAUGAUGUUGCGGCAGAAGAUACAGCAGACGAUGGCCCGCAACGCUCGGCGUGACUGCGGUGACGGCACAUCCAAAACCCGGCACAUUGAGAGCGAGAUGCUUCGCGUUCAGGCGCUUCUUGAAGACCUGCAGAACAGACGUUUGCAUCUGAGUCAACAGAUCCACAAGUUGACGAUGUCUAAUUCCGAAGAGAAACGACUCUAUGGCCUGCAUUCCUCCUCGCCCCUGAGUCUCUCCAGCUCAUACCACAGCAGCACGGGAGCUUCUCGGCAUCGUUCACACACCACGUGGCUGGAGACCGACCUCGAUCUCAUGAUCACUCGGGAUAUCGGCGUAGACAUGCCCGACUCGCCUCUGCUUGAUCCAGACUCCAUGGACAUUUAUCGGAGAGGAAUGGGCUAUGAUUCUGAGAGUCCUUACAUGUCCGGGAUGUACGGCCGGACUGGUCUUCCAUCAUCCGAUGGUGAGGGAUCCCGUCGGGAAUUUUCAGGUAUCCGCCGUCACACGAUGGACUCGAGCUACUCCCGCAGACUGGAGCCUGACGAAGCAAUGUACGCCGUGGAAAAUCCAAUGGCCCUAUCCUCUGGGGAGCUUCGUGAUCGCGCUUUCUAUGGCGUCGGUUAUGACCGCAACUCUGCGACCAAUAAACCCGACGGCCAAGAGCAAGCGGGCAUUGGUGGACUUCGUCUUGAUGACUCUGAUGAUGCUGAUGAGCGCAUGAAGAGGUUCUAUGGUUUGUUACCUAAAGAGAAGUCUCUGGAGCCGAAGACUGUGCGGAUCGUGAAGCGCGAGUCCACAGAGCGUCGCAAGGACCGCACCUACAGCUCCAGCAGCGGCAAGAAACUUGGCGGAGACUCGCCCUUGUCGCACGUCUUGGAAGACGAACUCGAGAGCGACAGCGGCGAGCAAACAUCCGAGCCGGAAUUAGAUUCCGAAUCAUCUCCUGUUCACGUCCCUCUUGCUUCCUCCAUAUCAAUGACGAAGGGUUUGCCUCGUCACCAUUUAUCGUCUUCGUAUUCGUCUGGAUAUUCUUCCUCGUCUCAAACAUAUCUUGCUCAGCAACAGUCAUCCUAUCCUCCCUCUACAAUAAGUCUUUAUCAAAAUGCUCCUGAUUAUCAAUCUUCUUCCGUUAGUUCCGUUCCUAUCACCACAGCCGUGCCUGUGACAACCUCGGCGCUGCCCUCGUAUCAGGAACGCACGGCUUCCUUGCCUCGUAAUUAUGGCCGGGAUAGCGAGUGGGGCGAUCGGCCCAACAAACGAGCAACUCAAACUGGGGCAACCGCGACCAAAACAUCAGUUGCAUCAAACGUCUCUGCGUCGUCCUCCUCCCGGCCGAGUAACCUGCCUCUCAAACCUAAGUCUGCCUGGAAGUCAAAGGUCGAGACAAGCCCCGCGCAGAGUGCCAGGGAUCAGCUUUUCGGCAAUUCUCCACCCGUAUCUCCUUCAAAACCCCAGUCCCCGUCAUCCCCGGUGUUCAAAAGUGCCGCUGCACAAGAGAUUAUCAAAGAAAUUGUCUCGGAAGCUGAGAAAUAUCGCCGUGCUGUGCCAAAGGAGAAGAGGCGUCAUGUCACCAUUUCUAGCAGCAGGCCAAUAACAAUGGAAACCUCUCGUGAAUCUCUUGAAGAGGGAGCUCGAUCGCGCGACGACUGCGACAUGGCCAGGGCGCUGCGCCCCCGCAACCACCCUGACGUGGUCAAGUCGACGCUGAGCACCCGCGACCUGCGCAUCAACGAGACCACCAUUGACUCCAUCUUCGGGGCUCCCAGCAAGAUACAUAUUCCUGAGAGAUACGUCCCUGAUGAAGACGAUGCAAAAGACGUGUCGCCUGAGGAGCGUCGGCGUCGUGAAGACAAGGCGCUCAGCAUCAGGCGUAUGUUGACCGAGUCCAGCACGAGUCUCGCAGCGGACGCCCCUCAGGACCAGCCCUCACAGUGGGCCAAGGGUGGCGCAGACAGCGAUAACGGCGGAGAGUUCGUUGCUAAAGCCAAGGAGAGGAAGGAGAGGGAACAUAUCCUUGCUAUGAACCAAAUCCUGGCACGACAAGUCAUGGAGAAAAGCCGUCUUGUUGCUGCUCGAGCUAACAAGGCAGUUGAAAAUCAUUCAAGCUCAUCAGAUGACGACUCAUCUCCAGUUCAAACUCUUCCUUCGCGUCAGCAGCGUGAAAACGUACUAGUGUGAUGCUGCCGUGCAUAAGGAGAACGAAAUAUCCAUGUACCGUUGGCACUACAUUUUGAACUUGAUCAAUUGUCUAAGCUGCCAUCAACGAUGCGGGUUCUACUCUUUCUUAGAAAGUAAAGCCCAUACUUAUAGGUGUUUAAUAAUCAAAUUAUCUCUUCAAACAAUGUACAACUGUACACUCAGUGUUGAAAUGAUUUAUGUUGCGGAUAAUCGAAGAGGUUAAUUAAUAUCUAUAACGCUGAGCUUACUUUGACACACUAGAUGAUAAAUUUACACUUCUUGUUUAAUGUUGCCACCUGCUCAAAGACUUGUAAAAAACUUUGAAAAUGUUAAUUGAUGUUUCUCUGUGACGAAUGUUGUCUAAUCGUCUUGUAUAUCUACAAUGUUUUAGCUGCUAAACGCAGAGUCUUGCGUGUUCCAUGUGAUCUCUUGUCAGCUGCGGAAUAGACAGUGUGUUACCAGUCGCAUGGGAAAUAAUUCUGUUGGAACUCUUGAGGAAUGACUUUGAACCAUCCGCAAUCUAGAAGCGCUUCGAUCGAUUGGUCGUCUCUCAUGUAGACGAGUAAGCCUAGAAGUUCUGCGACUAGUUACUGACGUAUUCUUGGCUUCACAAUCAAUGUUUCGGUGAAUAAUACGCGAGCAGCUCACAUAUCAUGCCGACUAUCAAUAGUUACUGUCAUUUACUGGCGGUGUAGCUACGUCGCUGUAGGCAACUCCUGGAACAUUAAUUGUUGUGUUGAAGAUAUGGAGCAAGACUGCAAGCUAUGUACUCACUUGUUAGUUAUCUUUAAAUCCCACAAUACGCGUGUCGUAAUAAGACUGAUAUAUUAAGCUAAACCCUUGAUACGCGAACCUUGAACUUCUUGAUCUGCAACGCGAUUCUUUGAAAUUUCAUCGAAUUUCCUAUUUUAUUUUUUUACCCCACAAAGUUUGUUGAUAUCAAAGUAUGUGUUAGGUGUUUCACUGUAUGAUUAACUUUACAUUGAAAUGAAUAACUCGUGUGCCUCCAUAAUUUGUUCAACAGUUGAAGUUCAACGUAGUGUGUUCUUCCAUAUAGCGUCUUCGUAUGAAUUUUAUUGAUGGAGCUUAUUAAGCUACAUCCUUUCCAAUCAACUUUCGUUACCUUAAGCAACUGCAUGAUUUUGAUAUGAUAAGCCAGUUGAAUAAUUAAUGCGCAUCUUAUAUUUUACUUAAGUAAACUAUCUGCUUCUUUUCUUCAUAUUUGGUGACGUUAUUUGCUUUAGUUUGCCUCAACGUUCUACUUCAACUACGUGCCAAUUUGAUCAAUUUGUGAUCUCUGUACGCAUGAGUCUGUGUCGAAUUAUGAAGUGUACGUAAUCUUCUUCAAAGCAAGAAACCUACUUUGGUUCGUUCUAAUCUAUACUAUUUGUAUCUAAUUUUUUUGUCAAUGACGUGCCUAUGUAAGCUUCUAGGUUAUAGGAUCACGGCUCAUGAUAGCUGAGCCAUAUCGUUAUUACAAGAAUAAUUUGCAGGCAUGUGUUUUACAUUCUCUUGGUUUGACUCCCGUAAUUUAAGGAUUGGAGAGAUGUCGGCACUUCAUGUUCUUCAUGACUAUACUUCUUUAUCCUGUUGGCAUUCUUAAUGUUUCUUGUGUUGAUUUCAGUAGUGUAAGUGCAUUGACUGUAGUUCAAGUUGAGUAUUUGUAGAUCUGCGAUGUACUGAUCGUAUAGUUAUGCUACCCUUUGAUGCCAUACAUAUCGCACACGCGAAAAAUAUCACUCGUUAUAGGUUCGGACCGGCGCAUUUGUAAAUCCUUCUGUCAUAUAAUACCGUGUGAUUAAUAUUUAUUUAUAAUUGGUCUAUUGUAGGAAGGCUGCUGAUGCGUAUUAGGCCUACUCUUCUUGUUAGAUUUGAUUCCAUAUUUUGGAGCGCAAGUUUUAUUUCGUUCAGAAUUCUCAAUUUUUAAAUGUUAUCGAGACACCAGGCAGUGUUGCUGGGUAAAAUUAAUACUAUAAUUUCAAAUAAACGCAUCAAUUCUAUUUUGUAAAAUAUUUUCAGUGUC